AUGGCUACCGGCGAAAAGAACAAAGAUUUAGCGAGACGUUCACCUCAGUCAGAGGAUUCGCGUAAUCCGUGGCAAGAAAAAGCAAGAAAAUUGGAAAACGAGAAGGUGGAAAUGGAAAAUAAAAUCGAUGCCUUGCAAAAACGGUUACAACAAGUACAGAAAGAAGCAGAAGAAUGGAAAAUUUUGGCUUAUAAGAUGAAAAACGAAUGCAGGAUAUUGCGUGGGAAAGAGAGUACCGUUCAACGACAGGCGGUCCUGCCUGUGUGGAGAAACGAGGAUUGCGACGCGGCUUACUUGCAGCGGAUCGACAGCAAAUUUUUGUGCGCCGGUUACAGCCAGGGCGGCAAGGACGCGUGUCAAGGUGAUUCAGGUGGACCGCUGAUGCUGCAAAUCAACGAAUCAGAAGAAGAAGAAGCAGAACUUGAAGUUGUUAACGAGUUUUGGACCUUACCGGUGGAAAUGGCUACCGGCGAAAAGAACAAAGAUUUAGCGAGACGUUCACCUCAGUCAGAGGAUUCGCGUAAUCCGUGGCAAGAAAAAGCAAGAAAAUUGGAAAACGAGAAGGUGGAAAUGGAAAAUAAAAUCGAUGCCUUGCAAAAACGGUUACAACAAGUACAGAAAGAAGCAGAAGAAUGGAAAAUUUUGGCUUAUAAGAUGAAAAACGAAUGCAGGAUAUUGCGUGGGAAAGAGAGUACCGUUCAACGACAGGCGGUCCUGCCUGUGUGGAGAAACGAGGAUUGCGACGCGGCUUACUUGCAGCGGAUCGACAGCAAAUUUUUGUGCGCCGGUUACAGCCAGGGCGGCAAGGACGCGUGUCAAG